GUGCAGUCUCGGGUAGGUGGUGGUGUUGAUGUUUUGGAGGGUCGAAGAAAAGCAGGGGUGAGGUAUAAAUAAGGAAGGGGAGGAGCAGGAACCAAGAGCAGUAGAGAGGGAUGGCGGCUCACAAGCUGGUGCUGAUCCGGCACGGGGAGAGCACUUGGAACCAGGAGAACCGCUUCUGUGGCUGGUUCGAUGCCGACCUGUCGGAGACCGGGGUGCAGGAGGCAACGAGGGGCGCCCGGGCUCUCAGCGACGCCGGCUACCAGUUCGACAUCUGCUACACCUCGGUGCUGAAGCGGGCGAUCCGCACCCUGUGGGCGGUGCUGGACGGCAUCGACCAGAUGUGGCUGCCCGUGGUGCGGAGCUGGCGGCUGAACGAGCGGCACUACGGCGGUCUGACCGGCCUCAACAAGGCGGAGACCGCGGCCAAGCACGGAGAGCAGCAAGUGAAGAUCUGGAGGAGAUCCUUCGACGUUCCCCCUCCUCCAAUGGAAUCGGAUCAUGACUACUAUUCCAUCAUCAGCAAGGACCGUCGCUAUACUGACUUGACAGAGGACCAGCUGCCCUCCUGUGAGAGUUUGAAGGAUACCAUUGCCCGUGCUCUGCCCUUCUGGGAGGAGGAGAUCGUGCCACAGAUUAAAGCCGGGAAGCGGGUGCUCAUUGCAGCUCACGGCAACAGCCUGAGGGGAAUCGUCAAACAUCUGGAAGGCAUGUCUGAGGAAGCCAUCAUGGAGUUGAACCUUCCAACAGGAAUCCCCAUCAUGUACGAGCUUGACAAGAACCUGAAGCCAGUCAAGCCCAUGCAGUUCCUGGGAGACGAAGAGACCGUCCAGGCAGCAAUGGCUGCUGUGGCAGCCCAGGGGAAAGCCAAGAAAUGAAGAAGAGCAGAGGGGGUGUAGAAAGAUCAAGAAUUCCAUGAUAGAGCUUCAAAAAAAAAAUUACAAAUAGUUUUGGGAACCAUGGUAGCAUCUAGCUCCCAAUAGCAUCAUCCACCUUGCCCUGUGUUUACUGAGCCUGCUUGAUGGGUCCUCUACACCUUUUUUUGCCCAGAUUUUCUUUCCUUUUCACUUUUUUCCUUCCAGUCCUUUGUCUGUUGUGCUUGUAGUGGAAUUAAUCAUCAACUGGCAUUGUUCAGGUGGUCAAUCUUCAUGCCUGGCUGGCCAGUAGAGUGGCUCCUCUGGGAAAUGUAUUUAAAGGAUGUAUCUGUGGUCCUUCUGAUGUUGGAGACCCAUUUAUUCCCGUUCAAGGCACAGAUCAAUCAUCACCUUCCCCAUUCUUAGCUCAACUUAAAGGAUACCAAAGGGUGAACAGGUGCUGUCACAGAACAAUCCUACUAACUAGUUGCUUUCACUGUUACUACAUGGAUAAGACAGUACUAUAUAGACCAUAAGUGAAAUAUUUAAGUGUCAUUCUGAAAAGUAGCAUUGGUUGGGUUCAUUGUAACAUGAGGUAAUGUUUUACACAGACAAACAAUGCAAAGAUCUCAAGCUGCAUUGAAUAAUAUCUAAGUGUUAUAGGCAUGGUAAAGUUAACCACUGGGGCAUAAGAACACUUGGACCAAUACCCUGGCAAGACUAUCCACCAAUGAAUCCUUAGCUCCAUUCAUCUUGACAAGGUUACUAAUAAAUCUAAUUCAGGUAAAAUUAUUUUACCCAUUGAGUAGUUAGACUAUGGAACUUGUUAGCUUAAUGUGUGAUUGAGCUGCAUUUAAAGAUAGGCUGAGGGGAACAAAAAUGAGAGAUCUUUUGAUAGUGGGGAAGAGGGCUAGGAAGGAGUGUGAGCUAAAUAUCACCAUGGAUAACCAGGUUAUGAACAACCAAUUGUUUACUAAUCAGAGAAUCACACUUACCUUCACUUUAGCUAGUGUAUGCAAGAAACAUUAGUUAGGUUAUUUCAUUAGUUAAGUAGCAGAGCUGAAAAAGCAGUUCAAUUCAAUCUCCAAAAUUUGGAGGUGGGAGUGUUGAUCUUCCAAGACAAGUUAGCUAGCGCAUUGAAUAGCAAAUUAAUUACAAGGGCAAUUAAAAGCAUUGCUGUAAACCAGUAAUGAAGGAUUAUUAAUGUGGGCUGAGUGGCCUCCUGUCUUGUAAUCCCUAGAACCACAACCUGUCAUCUUAUUAGUAAUCUGCAGCAGAGAUUUAACAAAGUAGCCUUCGAUCACAGCACUCUGGUAAGAAGGCCCGUACAAAAGAUGCAAAGCCCGAGGUCAGAAGCUGUCUCCUGGAAUUGGUUUUAGAGCUGAAAGUGCCAUCGGUUUUAGUGCGGCUGUGUCGUGCGCUUCCCCCCCCCCCCACCCGUUUCCAUUAUUGAACAUCCAGGUGUUGUUAUUCUUCAGCUAUCAUUUUCCCUUCUCUCAGCCCCCCGCCCCCGCCCCCCCCCCCCUUUGCUGCUUGAAGAUGGUUGUGGGGCAUUGCAGUACGGUACUGAUGAUGUCCCAGGCACAUGCCAGAGCCUAGUGUAUUGCACGUCUUUACAUUCCAGACCCUUCUGUAACACAAAUAUGAAUAAAUGUAGCUCGGAGAACACUG